GAAGUUUGUUAUGACCAGGUUCGGACUUUUUCAACGUGGUGUGAAUCAAGUUUUAUUACUUUUUAUCGGUCUUGAUUCUUCACUAGAAUCAUUUUUAUGGAUGUAAAUUACGAAAGUGCCUUUCUCAUGUAAAGCUCGGUGCUUUUUCUCACUUAUUACUCCUUAUUUGUAGCAAUCAUUCUCUCGGUAUCUCAUCUCGCUUACCGUCAUGCCAGGAGUCUGCGAAGAGAUUAUUGAUGAUAUAGAGGACUUGAUCUCCUCUCAAGAUAUCACUCCAAAAGAGCGGUAUAGUAACAAGAAAAAUGUCAAAGUGAGGAAGUUCAAAAAAACAACUGCAGAAGAAAAUGGUAAUACGGAGGAUAAAGUUUUCAUGCAAAGUGUGGUACCGGGCACUCAAAGAAUCUUCAUCAAAACAUGGGGUUGUACCCAUAACAGCUCAGAUAGUGAAUACAUGGCAGGUCUCCUCACACAAUAUGGAUAUAAACUGACGGAUGACAGAUUGGAGGCAGAUUUGUGGCUCUUGAAUAGUUGUACUGUGAAGAAUCCAUCGCAAGAUCAUUUCAGAAACGAAAUUCAGGAAGGAAGGUCUAAAGGCAAGUUUGUCGUUGUAGCUGGCUGUGUUCCCCAGGGAGCUCCAAAGCUAGAUUUCAUUCAAGGAUUGAGUGUCAUCGGUGUACAGCAAAUCGACAGAGUUGUUGAGGUUGUUGAAGAAACACUGAAAGGGCACAAUGUGAGAUUACUGGGUCAGAAAAAGUCUGGCGGAAAGAAACUUGGUGGAGCACCUCUAGAACUGCCAAAAGUUCGGAAAAAUCCACUAAUUGAAAUAAUCCCAAUCAAUACUGGUUGCCUAAAUCAGUGCACAUAUUGUAAAACAAAACAUGCAAGAGGGGAUUUGGGAAGUUAUCCUCCUGAGGAAAUAGUUGCACGUGCUCAACAGGCUUUUAGCGAAGGAGUUGUUGAACUAUGGUUGACGAGUGAAGAUACAGGUACUUACGGAAGAGACAUCGGAUCAUCACUACCAGAAUUACUGAAAAUGUUAAUUAAAAUUAUACCAAAGCACUGCAUGAUGAGAGUUGGAAUGACCAAUCCACCUUACAUCCUAGAGCAUUUAGAGGAAAUCGGUGAAAUUCUCGCACAUCCCUGUGUAUAUAGCUUUCUCCAUGUGCCUGUGCAAAGCGGUAGUGAUGAAGUUCUCGCAGACAUGAAACGAGAGUACACUAGGCAAGACUUUGAAAAUGUUGUAGAUACAUUACGCCAAAGAGUGCCAGGUGUGACAAUAGCCACCGACAUAAUUUGCGGGUUCCCAACAGAAACAGAAGCGUACUUCGAGGAAACCAUGGACCUUUGUGCAAAAUACAAAUUUCCAUCAUUGUUUAUCAAUCAGUUUUUCCCAAGACCUGGUACCCCUGCAGCAAGACUUCCAAGGAUACCAACCACAACGGUUAAGCAAAGAACCAAGAAGUUGAAUGAAUUGUUUCAGUCUUACGAACCAUACAAUCACAAAUUAGGGGAUGUACAGGAAGUUCUUGUCACAGAAGAAGCAUUUGACAAGGAACAUUAUGUAGGACACAAUAAAUUUUAUGAACAGGUGCUAGUUCCCAAGAAGCAGCAUUUUCUGGGUCAAAAAGUGAAGGUGAAGAUUGUCGAGACUAAGAAGCAUUGCAUGAUCGGUGAAGUUCCAACUUUGGAAAAUGCCAGAGCUAGUCUUGCUGAAAUCAAAACAUCCAAUUCGGUGUUAUUGCUGCGUUUUAUUAUCAUAUCUACAAUUGUUUUAUCAUAUUGUAUUCGUUUUUGGCUUUUUGAUUAAAAUAAAACCUAGCAAAAAUCAA